CCUCCGCCUCCUCAGCUCUUGGGCUAGAAUAUCUAUGGGUCGAAACGUGAUGCGAUGAAUCCGAGAGAGACCGAAACUGGGACGAGGAGUGCGGCGGAAGCGGCGGGACUCCCAAGCAUGGGGGCUUCAUCACAAUAGAGGCAGCACCCCCACCCGCCCCCGCCAGCCCUCCGGAGAGAAGCCCCCAAACCCCCUCGGGAAAAGGAUGGCGGCGGCACCUACCCAGAUCGAAGCCGAGCUGUAUUACCUGAUCGCUAGGUUCUUGCAGUCCGGACCCUGUAACAAAUCCGCUCAGGUGCUAGUGCAAGAGCUCGAGGAGCAUCAGCUGAUUCCGCGGCGCUUAGACUGGGAGGGGAAAGAGCACCGAAGAAGCUUCGAGGAUCUGGUGGCAGCCAAUGCACACAUUCCUCCAGACUACCUCCUUAAAAUUUGUGAGAGGAUUGGUCCUUUAUUAGAUAAGGAGAUCCCUCAGAGCGUUCCUGGGGUACAGACAUUACUAGGUGUUGGUCGGCAGUCUCUGUUACGGGAUGCUAAAGACUGUAAGAGUACACUAUGGAAUGGGUCUGCAUUUGCAGCUCUACACAGAGGCAGACCUCCAGAACUACCUGUAAAUUAUGUGAAACCUCCAAAUGUGGUGAAUAUCACCUCAGCCAGGCAGUUAACCGGAUGUAGUCGCUUCAGCCAUGUUUUCCCCUCAUCUGCUUACCAGCAUAUCAAGAUGCAUAAGAGAAUUCUGGGGCACUUAUCGUCUGUCUACUGUGUAGCUUUUGAUCGAACUGGGAGGCGAAUUUUCACAGGUUCAGAUGACUGUUUGGUGAAAAUCUGGGCUACAGAUGAUGGACGCCUCUUGGCUACACUGCGAGGGCACUCUGCUGAGAUUUCAGACAUGGCUGUUAACUAUGAAAAUACUCUCAUUGCUGCAGGCAGCUGUGAUAAAGUUGUGAGAGUAUGGUGUCUUCGAACUUGUGCACCAGUUGCUGUCCUUCAGGGACAUUCAGCUUCUAUUACUUCCAUACAGUUUUGUCCAUCGACUAAAGGCACAACUAGAUACCUCACUUCCACUGGUGCUGAUGGAACAAUUUGUUUCUGGCAAUGGCAUGUAAAAACAAUGAAGUUUAGAGAUCGCCCAGUAAAAUUUACUGAGAGAUCCAGACCUGGAGUUCAGAUAUCUUGUUCAUCUUUCAGUUCUGGUGGUAUGUUCAUUACAACAGGUAGCACUGACCAUGUUAUUAGAAUAUACUAUUUGGGUUCUGAGAUACCGGAGAAAAUUGCUGAAUUAGAAUCACACACGGACAAAGUUGUUGCUGUUCAGUUCUGUAACAAUGGAGACAGUUUAAGAUUUGUUAGUGGAAGUAGAGAUGGAACAGCAAGAAUAUGGCAAUAUCAACAACAAGAAUGGAAGAGUAUAGUGCUAGAUAUGGCUACCAAAAUGAGUGGGAAUAAUUUGACAUCUGCAGAAGACAAAGUCACUAAACUGAAGGUGACUAUGGUGGCUUGGGAUCGUUAUGACACCACUGUCAUUACUGCAGUGAACAAUUUCCUUUUGAAAGUUUGGAAUUCUGUCACAGGGCAGCUUCUUCAUACUUUAUCUGGACAUGACGAUGAAGUAUUUGUUCUAGAAGCACAUCCAUUUGAUCAAAGGAUAAUACUUUCAGCAGGUCAUGAUGGGAACAUUUUUAUUUGGGACCUUGACCGAGGGACCAAAAUUCGAAAUUACUUUAAUAUGAUUGAAGGCCAAGGUCACGGGGCAGUGUUUGAUUGUAAAUUCUCGCCAGAUGGAAACCAUUUUGCCUGUACAGAUUCUCAUGGGCAUUUGUUGCUAUUUGGCUUUGGAUGCAGUAAAUACUAUGAAAAGAUUCCAGAUCAGAUGUUCUUCCACACUGAUUAUCGACCACUUAUCAGAGAUGCAAAUAAUUAUGUAUUGGAUGAGCAAACUCAGCAAGCACCUCACCUCAUGCCUCCCCCGUUCUUGGUGGAUGUCGAUGGAAAUCCCCAUCCUACAAAAUUUCAACGGCUGGUACCAGGACGGGAAAAUUGUAAAGAUGAACAGCUUAUUCCACAGUUGGGAUAUGUGGCUAAUGGUGACGGUGAAGUGGUAGAACAGGUAAUUGGGCAGCAAACCAAUGACCAAGAAGAAAGCAUUCUUGAUGGAAUAAUCAGAGAGUUACAGAGAGAACAAGAUCUCAGAUUAAUUAAUGAAGGAGAUGUUCCAAAUUUUCCAAUUAAUAGAUCAUAUUCUGUUAAUGGUGCUUUGAGUAGUCCAAAUAUGGACAUACCGUCUUCCCCAAAUAUUGGGCUUCGACGUAGUGGUCAAAUUGAAGGUGUUCGGCAAAUGCAUAACAAUGCUCCUAGGAGCCAGAUGGCCACUGAACGAGAUCUCAUGGCCUGGAGCAGAAGAGUGGUGGUAAAUGAACUAAAUAAUGGAGUUAGUAGGGUGCAAGAAGAAUGUCGAAAUGCAAAAGGUGACCUAGAAAUUAGUCUUUAUUCUGUUGAAAAGAAGAAAAAGCCAUCUUAUCCUAUCCAAAGAAAUGACUAUCAGCCCAGCUGUGGACGGUCUUUAAGGAGGACCCAGCGCAAGCGUCAGCAUACUUAUCUAACACGGUCCAACAUAGAGCAUAAUUCACAGGCAUCAUCUCAAAAUUCAGGUGUACAGGAAGAUUCAGACAGCUCCUCAGAGGAAGAUGAAACUGUUGGCACAAGUGAUGCUUCUGUAGAAGACCCUGUUAUUGAGUGGCAAAGUGAAAGUUCUUCCAGUGAUUCAUCAAGUGAAUAUUCUGAUUGGACAGCAGAUGCUGGCAUAAAUUUGCAGCCUCCUAAAAGACAAACUAGACAGGCAACACAGAAAAUAUACAGCAGCUCUGAAGAUGAAAAUUUGAAGUCAUUAGAAGAUAGGCAGAAGAAACCUAAACAGACUAGAAAGAAGAAAGGGGGACUUGUUUCUAUGGCAGGCGAACCCAAUGAAGAAUGGUUUGCCCCUCAAUGGAUCUUGGAUACCAUACCACGGCGUUCUCCAUUUGUCCCACAGAUGGGAGAUGAGCUUAUUUAUUUUAGGCAAGGACAUGAAGCUUAUGUGAGAGCUGUGAGGAAAUCAAAAAUAUAUAGUGUUAAUUUACAAAAACAGCCAUGGAACAAAAUGGAUCUCAGGGAGCAAGAAUUUGUUAAGAUUGUAGGAAUCAAGUAUGAGGUUGGACCACCUACACUAUGCUGCUUGAAACUUGCAUUUUUGGACCCCAUUUCAGGCAAAAUGACUGGAGAGUCUUUUUCCAUUAAGUAUCAUGACAUGCCAGAUGUUAUUGAUUUCCUCGUGUUACAUCAGUUUUAUAAUGAAGCCAAAGAAAGAAACUGGCAGAUUGGGGAUAGAUUCCGCAGUAUAAUAGAUGACGCCUGGUGGUUUGGAACUGUGGAAAGUCAGCAGCCUUUUCAGCCAGAAUAUCCUGAUAGCUCUUUCCAGUGUUACAGUGUUCACUGGGACAAUAAUGAAAGAGAAAAGAUGAGCCCCUGGGAUAUGGAGCCAAUUCCUGAAGGAACUGCUUUUCCAGAUGAAGUUGGUGCUGGUGUUCCUGUGUCCCAGGAAGAACUGACUGCUUUGUUAUAUAAACCCCAGGAAGGAGAGUGGGGGGCUCAUUCCAGAGAUGAGGAAUGUGAACGAGUUAUUCAGGGCAUCAACCACCUUCUUUCCCUGGAUUUUGCCAGCCCGUUUGCUGUUCCAGUGGAUCUCAGUGCCUACCCCUUGUACUGUACUGUAGUUGCUUAUCCAACUGACCUCAAUACCAUCAGACAAAGACUUGAAAAUCGCUUUUACAGGAGAAUAUCAGCAUUAAUGUGGGAGGUACGCUAUAUUGAGCAUAAUGCUAGGACUUUCAAUGAGCCAGAUAGUCCUAUUGUUAAAGCAGCCAAGAUUGUGACUGAUGUCUUACUUCGAUUUAUUGGGGAUCAGAGCUGUACUGAUAUUUUGGAUACUUACAAUAAAAUCAAAGCAGAAGAACUGAACAGCAGUGAUGCAGAGGAGGAUACAGAAAUGGUUGAUUUAGAUUCAGAUGGUCCUGGAACUUCAUCUGGAAGAAGGGUCAAAUGCCGAGGCAGAAGACAGUCUUCCAAGUGUAAUCCUGAUGCUUGGAAAAAACAAUGUCAAGAACUACUGAGCCUCAUUUAUGAACGUGAAGAUUCAGAGCCAUUUCGACAGCCAGCAGAUCCUCAGUCUUUCCCAGCUCAACAACAGCAAGAAGAAGACCCAGAACCCUCAGCAUCUGCUCUUCCAGAUAGACAAGAUCCAUCUCAUUCUGAGGAUUAUCAAGAUGUUAUAGACACACCUAUGGACUUCAGCACUGUGAAAGAAACUUUGGAAUCAGGAAAUUAUGAUAGUCCUCUGGAAUUUUAUAAAGAUGUUCGCCAAAUAUUCAGCAACUCCAAAGCUUAUACUUCUAAUAAAAAGUCAAGGGUCUAUAGCAUGACGCUGAGAUUGUCUGCCUUAUUUGAAAAUCACAUUAAAAAUAUCAUCUCUGAAUAUAAGUCAGCAAUCCAAAGUCAGAAGAGGAGAAGGCCACGGUACAGAAAGCGCCUGCGGAGCAGCAGCAGCUCAUUAUCUAGCAGCAGGGCUCCUAGUCCAAAAGGGAAACAGAAGCAAAUGAAGCUACAGCCUAAAAAUGACCAGAAUACCUCAGUGUCUUAUGCCAGGACUAGUUCUCCUUUUUCUUCUCCUGUUUCAGAUGCUGCUGAAGGUGUUUCACUAUAUCUACUUGAUGAUGAAGGAGAUGGACCAUUUUCUCCAUCAAGUUUCAGUGGAAAUAGCCGAAGUGGAAAUAGCCAUGACCCAGGGAAAACCAAAUCAUUUCGUAAUAAAGUUUUACCAGCUAAACAAGAUCACUCUGUUGAUGGGCCUCUUACAAAUGGUGAUGGGAGAGAGCCCCGAACAGGAGCCAAAAGAAAGCUACUCAGUGCAUCAGAAGAGGACGAAAGCAUGGGAGGAGAAGAAAAAGAGAUGAAAGAAACAAAAGAAAAAGCACAUUUAUCCUCCUCAGAGAGUGGAGAGUUAGGAUCCAGUUUAAGUUCAGAAAGUACCUGUGGCUCUGACUCUGACUCUGAAUCUACUUCCAGAACAGAUCAAGAUUAUGUAGAUGGAGAUCAUGACUAUAGCAAAUUCAUACAAACCAGACCUAAAAGAAAACUCAGAAAACAGCAUGCCAAUGGAAAAAGAAACUGGAAGACGAGAGGCACAGGAGGAAGAGGCAGAUGGGGAAGAUGGGGUAGAUGGAGUAGAGGAGGCAGAGGAAGAGGUGGCAGGGGACGAGGGGGUAGAGGAAGAGGUGGAGGUGGAGGUAGAGGGAGAGGCCGAGGGAGAGGAGGAAGAGGUGCCUCUAGAGGAGCCACCAGAGCCAAAAGAGCACGUGUUGCAGAUGAUGAAUUUGAUACGAUGUUUUCAGGACGUUUCAGUAGACUUCCUCGGAUUAAAACAAGAAACCAAGGCAGGAGGACUGUUUUAUAUAAUGAUGAUUCAGAUAAUGACAAUUUUGUGUCCACUGAGGAUCCUCUGAAUCUUGGUACAUCCAGAUCAGGCAGAGUACGUAAAAUGACCGAAAAAGCCAGGGUUAGCCAUCUCAUGGGAUGGAAUUAUUAACAGUUAAUGAAUUUAGAAUAAUUUUUAAAAAUAAAAUCAAUGGCCUUCUACUGCAGGGAAUUUACCAGAAAAUCUACAAAGCAAGUUGUGUGGGGACUUCUGCUUCCUUUCACAUUGGUGCUUUUCCAUUAUGCCAGUAUACAUUUGUUUCAAGACUUUUAAUCUCCACACUUCAUUUGUUCAAACAAGCCUUAUUCAUUAGGCCUUAAAUUAAAAGAAAUUCUGCCCACACAUAUACAUUUGUGCACAACACAUGCGUGGAGAUGCGCACACAAGUGCACACACACACACAUACACACACACACACACACACACACACACAUCACAGACACACCACAGACACACUACAGAUUUACUACAUUAAAGGAGCAUUCUGCUUCUUAAGAGUAGCAUGACAUUUUUAUCUCAAUAAGAUAUCCCUCUUUGCUUUUGUAUCACAGAAGUAUAGCACCUUCUUACAGAGUUUUAUAUAGUUUGUUUUUGCCAUUUUGAUUCCUAUACCCAGUAAUAAUAACUUUUGCACAAUACACCAAUCCUAAAGGCAGCUAUUAAAUGUUUACAGUUUCUAUAUUGUAAGAACGAUCUGGAUUAUUUUACUCUUCCCAGGCCAAACUUUCACGAACUGUACUGAACUGAAGUAUAUAUUUAUACUGCAGUUUUGGGGUAGGGUGGGGGGGUAUCUUGAUAUGCUUUUCAUUGAUUUGCUUAAAUUCACGUUUAAGGUGAGAAAGGGUUGGUGCCUUGUAAAUAUGUAGCAAAUCUUUGUGGUGUGUCCUGAUGUGUGCAUUAACUUUAUUAAAAGAGAAUACUUGAGGUAUCAAUCUAGACAAGGUGCCAAAUGCAAAAGUUUCUUGCAUCCAUUUUUCUUUUCCUGUUGUAUUUUAUUGCAUUAAUAGAAACUUGUAUAGCUUAAUAGUAACUUAAGCAUUUGAAAAAAAUCCUCAUCCACAAAGAAUAACUUCUUUGAACAGUAGCUCAGCUACCUCUAUUAACUACAACUACUGGAAAUGCUAAGGAAAAUAGAUGUUGUUACUUGUUACUAAGGAGAAAUAGAACAAGCUUGGUAGGGAUGAAUACUCCUAAGUUAUAAGCUGAGAAUUUUCAAUAAUCAUAUUGGCUCUCAAAUCCAUAGAUGUAACAAAAUUUCCUAAGUAUUAUAUGCUCUGGGCUUUUGUAGAACAUAUUUAUAUAAGUAGACUUGCUCUACUACUCAUCUAUCUCUGCAACCACUUAUUAUUUAACAGCUGUGAGUGACUGGUUUUCAUUUGAACCUUAAAGGAUAACAAAGCACCUAACUUGAGUUGGACUGUUUUUGCUAGCUAAUGCUUGGAAUCAACUUUAAUGGGUUCUUUUGUUCUCAUUCCAAAGGGUUCUUCUGUUCUAGACUUUCAGAAAAGAGCCUCGUUGCACUGCAAACAGACAUUUUGAGUCAUUUAUUUUAUAGUUGAGAAGAAAUCUGUAAAAUCAUUUAUAGUCCUGUUUACAGCAAUAGAGUGCACAUGGUUCCAUAAGAGCUUCAGUUCCAAGAUCAAUUGUUUUCCUCAACUUUGACAUCUCAGUUGCGCUCCUUGGUUAGAUAUUUAAAUUCUUGAACUGGAAGGGAUAACAAUUGAUCUCUGAUUUUGUAACAGCAAUUCUGUUGCACUUAGAUCAGAUUUGUGUGACAAAACAUUUUCUUAAUGUACACCUGCUAGUCCAGGAUACUUCUUAAGCUGACAUGUUUGUCUUAUGCUUUCAAUCAUUUCAUGCAUCUGAAAAUCUGUUAAGUGCUGAGGAAGGAGUGCACACAUAACUUGGUUUUUUGGUGGGUUGGAGGGCUAUUCUUGAACAAUACCCUUAAGCAAUUUUCACUUGCAGUAGAAAUGAUGUUCAGGCUUUAAGAAAGUAUAAUGACCUGUUAAUGGCACUAAUGUCUGUUGCUAGAGAGCAGACCAGGCUGAUGUUUUGUUGUUAUUGUUGUUGUUGUUUAUCUUCACUAUACCAAAACUAUUUCUGGUUACAACUCAUUUUGAGAGUCUACUUUUGAUUUUUGCUAAAACAUACUUUUUCAGUUAUUCAUCUCUUGGGCAUUUAGACUAAUUGUGCCUAUGUUUUCCUGGAGUCAGGAACAUUUUGUCCUCCAACAACCAACAUAAUAUAGUUGCUUAAAUUCCUGGAUAUACCCAAAUAUGUAUCAUGUGUACCAUUUUAGUGUGAAAUUUUUGUUGACAUUCUUCUAUGAAGAGCUGACCUCUUGAAAUGUAGGAGAAUUACCAUUUGUGUGAUGUUAGCUGUCUGGAGCUUUAUUUAUAAUUUAUUUUGAAAAAUAAGAAUGCCACAUUUAUUCCCCAGAUGUCAAGAUUUUCUAGGCUUACAUAAUUAGCAUUAUAAGGCUAAAGACAUUUUUACGCAUAUUUUAUAUGUAGUGAAAUACUGUGAAAUACUAGUAACAGCACUUUGCUGUGAUGUUGACUUCAGUUCUUAGAAUUUAAAGAGUUAGUCACCAGGGUAUGUUAGGUGAACAUAGUUAUCCUUUAUUAUAAAACAAACAGAUAAUUUUCUGUUUGCAUGCAAAUUAUUUUCAUAAGUGUGAAAAUAAAAGUCUGGGAAAUUUUUACUUUUUUAAUCUGGACUUCCCCGUUUGCUCAGUUUAUAUUUUAGUUUUUUUUUUAACACCACUUCCUGCAAAAUGCAUCAUAAUUUGUAUCAUAUUGAAUACUAUGUCAUUUCAGGUUUCUAGAGAUCUUUUAAACCUAAAUAAGAUCUGGGUUCAGCAAUAGCAAAGAAAGUAGGGAUUGAGUUAAGAAUUCUGCAAAUGAAGAUCACUGUUCUAUUUAGGCCCAUGAGAGCAGACACAUGUAUAAUGUUAAUCCUAUGCUAUAUCUGAAUAAUCAGUAAGCUAUAAUAUUUCUCAUAAAUGCUAAUGUUCGGAUUCCGAACUUUAUGAUCUUAGCAUGUGUAUAUGUUUAUAAAAUUGAAUCUUGUUUCUUCCUUGGCUUGCUGUAUGUAUCUCAUUUAGCCAUAGGAUGCUCUCCAAAACACUCACAAACCUACUAGCCUAAUAACUAAAUUUGUUCUUGUAUAAGUGUUUGUGUACUUGUAUUAUGUAGUUUUUUUUCCAGUUUGACCUUCUUUAUCCCAGACAUUAAAAAAGAGAGUAUUUUAUAUGGAGGACCAUGUCUACCAAUUAUUUGCCUCUUUAGAGCUCAGCUUGUGCAUUUAUUAAUGCUUAAUCUUCCAUGUCAUUAUGUCUUUUAGAUAACUGAUUCUGCCCCUCUACUCUUAAUUUGGCCUUUUACCUUUUUCCUCUUUCCCUCCCCCAAAAUCAGGCUUAUUCUAGAAUUCUUCCAUAUAGUGUUUUGUUUCACCCAGAGGCAAAGCAAUUGAGUAAAAUUCACAAGUUUUAUUCCACACAUUCAGUUCUCAUAUAUCUUUAUUAGAUUUCAGAUAUUUUAAGGUAGAUUGUCAUCAGACAAUACAGUGAUGAAAAGGAAAGAUGUGAAUACCACUUCUUUUUACUAAACCGAUUUUGAGCAUUUUUUGAAAUUAGUAAAUUUGUGGUAAUGAUACACAUUAUAUGCACAUUUGCCAACUGGUACUUACCUUUACAGUUCAGUUUUCAUUACCUGAAACAGGAGUCUUAAAACAUGUGACUUUCACUACAUUUUGAUGCCCAGUCAUUUAAGCAAUUACAAUAACAUUUGAAAAUCUGAAAUUAAUAGUUCUGGGGAAAGGAAUAAGACUUUUUGAUAUUUAAAGUCCUUUAUUUUAAAUGCUAACCACAAUUCCACAACAUCUUUGUGGUGCAAAAGGCUUUAUGAAUGCUUUACUGAAAACAUUGUAAGAUCGUUUUAAAUCUUUUUAAAAAUUAAUGCUGAAAUAUUUUACUUUACACCUCUUAGCAAAGUUUCUUCACCAAGUGUUAAUUUAUCCCAUUUACAAAGUUUCGGUUAAAAUCCAGUAUAAAGUUAAAUAUUUUCAUGGUGCUGUAUUUUGUGGAACAUGGAUAGCACUCAGGUUUCUUGAUAUUUGUUCCUUAAUAUAGUCUCUUAAUCCUUGAGUAUUUCUUUUGUCAUCUUUGCUCUCGUGCUUGCUCUUAUCUCCACUUCUCUUUCUGCAAUGAAGACUGCACUUAAUGUAGCAUAUUUCAACCAGACUGGAAAUUUCUGAUUCAUUUAUGAGAGAAGUACACUAGAAAGGCCCUGCAGUUUAGAGUUAAGGUGUGUUUAUUUAUAUGUAUACUCCUUUCUUAUUCUUAUACCUAUCUUAAUUACAUCUAGAGUAUGGGACUUAGACAUAUAAAAGCAUGGUAAUUAUUUUCUAAAAAAAUUAAAAUUAUUGAUACAUAUUGAGAUCAUCAUUAGUAAUUUUAAAAUCCCAUAUCGAAAUACCUAGAAAUCCAGUUGGAAAAUAUGGUUUUUGCAUAUGUCACCAAAUAUACAUUAGGCAGUUCUACAAAUGUUAAUUCUUUAAACAAUACUGUGGUGAUGGCAAUCAGUAAUUUAUUUCUUUGUUCUGUAACUUAUCAUCCCUAUCUUUUGUAAUCUUUUACACAGUAUUAACAAAACUGUACUUUAUGUUUGUUCUUAGUGUCCAUAAAUUUUACAAUGGAAAAACAUUCAUUUAAUAGUUGAUAUGAUGCUGUAUGUGGGCAGAAUGUCCAUUAAACUAAAAUCCAGUGGGGGAAAAGGUGAACAAAACUGGCUUGGUUUAUAAAAGAUGUUUUGUUUGGCAGUUGUCGGUCAUUAUAAGCAAUUACCUUCAAAGACAAAAAAAAAAAAAAAAAAAAAAAAAAAAAAAAAAAAAAUAAGAAAAAAUACUGAACUAAUUUGUUGCCAUUCUUUAUGGGAUGUUUACAAUAAAAUUCCAAGUUGUUUGGAAUCAGUUGCACUCUCGCUGCUUUAUGCCUUAACUCAUAUUAGAGAUAAAUUAACAAGACAAAGAAAUAUAAGAAAUAUGAAGUUAACCUUUCUACUACCCAGCUUUAGAGAUUGUACCAUGUGAUCAUUGGGUCGUUGUCAUACGAUAUUUUAUUACUAUCGUUUUUUUAAUCUUAGAAACUGAUGUCCUUCCUAUGAAAGAAAAGAUGUUCCUAGUUCUUGCUGAUAUUCUUUGGACCACCUUUAGGCAAUCAGUAUGAUGUUAACACUUUAAAAUGUGGGCUGCUUGGUGCCUUACACAGCAGCCUCCAAAGCUCAUUGAUUGGCAGGGCUUCCUGAGAUGGAUAGAUUUCUAAUAAAAAAAAAUUGUUAAAUUUUCACAGCUGAGCUAUGGGUAGCUAGUGCUUUUUCUUUGGGGUUACAUUGCCUAUCAACUUUGAAUUUAUUAUAAAUGGUGCUUUGAUUCGAUGUAAAUCUAGGAGGGAGAGAAAGGAAGUGAGCCAAGAUCUGAACCUUUUUACCAGGAACACUCAUCUUUGGCUUUUAAUUUAUCUCCACAAGUAUUCUCCCAAUGUCAAGAAUUCUACCAAGUUUAAGAUAAAUAAGCUGGCUAAAGGCUGCUCUGCAUCGUUCAUUUGUAGGCUGUCUGUUUCGUGUUUUUAGAAUUAAAUGAGAUGACUCAAUAUAAGUCACCUCUUUUCUGGCAGUGUGUCCAUUUACUGACAGCCCAUUUUCACAAUACCCUGAUUGAGGUCUGGGGAUACUUGUUAUUUUUGUCUAGCUGUUUGAUUGCUUAAAAAUAGACCUCUUUUAUAAACAAUGUAAAUAUGUUACAUUAAAAAUUCUUUGUUAGCAGGCCUCGGUAUUUUCUUACUUCACUUGCUAGAUUUCUUAAAUAGAAAAAUUAAAGAAUUUUUAUGAUAGAACUUUACUGAAGUAUUCAAAGAUUGUUUGCCUCAUUGAGAAGAUCGAGAGAAGUGCUCUUUACCCUCUCUAUAUUAUUUACCACUUAUUUAAAGCUUCUUUCCAGAAAUGCACACAAUAAAUUGAAACUAAUACAUUGAGCUUGUGAGUUAAUUUUUACGUGGAACUUUUGGUGCUAUAUUUAAGCUCAUGUACUUCAUUUACUGUCUCGAGUUUUUUUUAUAUACGUACUUAAGGCAUUUUUAUGAUGCAUAAUGCUGGUAGACCAAAUAUAUUAAAUAAAAUAAAAUUUUCAUGG